GCUGGCGGUGACGGAAGCGCGCCGGGGGUGACCUCACCUUCCAACAUGGCGGCGGCGGUAGAUUAGGGCCGCGGGUCGAAGCAGCCACCGCCGCUGGGGGACCCUGUCGGAAACGACUGCCGCCGCCGCCUCCCCUUCCGUCUCUUCUUGGGCAAGGGGCCAGGGCCAGGUUUUACACAUCUGUAAGUAGACUUUGGGAGCUCUGCCAGCCAACUCAAUGGCGUCCUCUACUACUGUGCCUCUAGGAUUUCACUAUGAAACAAAGUAUGUUGUUCUCAGCUACUUGGGACUCCUCUCUCAGGAGAAGAUACAAGAGCAACAUCUUUCCUCACCCCAAGGUAUUGUCUUUGGCUCAGCUUCACAACCUCUGGAUCAGGAAGUUUUAUUAAAAGUUAAAACCGAAAUUGAAGAAGAGCUAGAAUCCCUGGACAAAGAAAUUUCUGAAGCAUUCACCAGCACAGGCUUUGACCGUCAUACUUCUCCUGUGUUCAGCCCUGCUAACCCAGAAAGCUCCGUGGAAGACUGCUUGGCUCAUCUUGGGGAAAAGGUCUUACAGGAACUGAAAGAGCCUCUACAAAAGGCGUUGCAAAUGCUCCUCAGCCAGCCAGUGACAUAUCAGGCAUAUCGGGAAUGUACACUGGAGACCACAGUUCAUGCCAGCGGCUGGAAUAAGAUUUUGGUGCCUCUGAUUUUGCUACAACAAAUGCUUUUGGAGUUGACAAGACGUGGUCAAGAGCCUCUGAGUGCAUUGCUACAGUUUGGUGUGACAUAUCUGGAGGACUAUGCAGCAGAGUACAUCAUUCAGCAAGGUGGCUGGGGCACUGUCUUUAACCUUGAAUCAGAGGAGGAGGAGUACCCUGGAAUUGUUGCAGAAGAUAGCAAUGACAUUUAUAUACUUCCCAGUGACAACUCUGGACAAGUCAGUCCUCCAGAGUCUCCUACUGUGACCACUUCCUGGCAGUCAGAGAGCUUACCUGUUUCACUGUCAGCCAGCCAGAGUUGGCACACAGAAAGCCUCCCAGUGUCCCUAGGUCCUGAGUCCUGGCAGCAGAUUGCAAUGGAUCCUGAAGAAGUCAAAAGCUUAGAUAGCAACGGGGCUGGAGAGAAGAGUGAGAACAACUCUUCUAAUUCUGACAUUGUGCAUGUGGAGAAAGAAGAAAUUCCUGAAGGCGUGGAAGAGGCUGCCGUGGCACCCAUCAUCUUGCCAACCAAGGAGCUGCGGGAGGUGCUCCCUGAAGCACCAGCUCCCUUGCUUCCACAUAUCACUGCCACUUCCUUGCUGGAGAUGAGGGAGCCUGACACAGAAGGGAUGACAGUGGAGAAAGUCAGCCCUGCUACGUCUUUGUUCGUGGAACUUGAAGAAGAGAGCUUAAUGAAGACAAAAGCAGCAAUGGUUGAAUCUGUUGAACGGGAAGCUGAGUUGAUCCCCACCCUGGAACCCACAGCAACACUGCUGAGUGAAGAGGAGAAGCGUGUGAGGAGAGAGGGUCUUCAAGAAGGCCCCUCCCCUGCUGAAGAGAAGGCCAGCCCCCUGUUUGAGGGCAAGUCUAUACUGCUGUUUGGAGGGGCCGCCGCCAUUGCCAUCCUGGCUGUAGCAGUGGGGGUAGCACUGGCUCUGAGAAAGAAAUAGAUUUUUCAGAAAAGAAAGAAGACAUAAAAGAUGUAAGAUUUUAGCUAUACUGACUGAAUUUGAACCACCAACAGCUGAUUUGGACAUUUGUGGAACAUUCUGGGGUAAUGGGGGACUUCUGCUCAACAAGGCAGUGAUGGAUCCGCACCGUAGGGCUUCAGGUGGAGGGCAAUCACGUUUGUCUGACUGUAAGCUCCAAGGGCCUUGACUUCUGCGAAAUUUGGCAUCUUAUGUGUCAAAGCACUCCCUCUAGAACAGGGUUUCUCAGCCUUGGCAUUAAUGACAUCGUGAUUAAUUCCUUGUUGUAGGAGGCUGUCCUGUGCGCUGUAGGAUUGUUUAGCAGCCUCCCUAGCCUCUAACCACUAAAUGCAAGUAGCACCCUUCCGCCAGUUGUGAUAACCAGAAAUGUUUCCUGACAUUGCCAAAUGUCCCCUGGGGGCAAAAUUGUUCCCGUGAAGAGCCAUAGCUCUACAGGGAAACGGUUAAUUUUGGAGAAUCUGGGAUAGAAGUUCCCAGGCAAGAGGGCUUGGCUGUGGGCCCUUCAGCUGCUGAUUUGUUCCUGCCCUUGGAAUUUCAUCUUUCCUGAUGAACAUGCUGUGGUUUUGCAGCCAUUCCUUUGUGGCUCUUCUUUUCUUCCCUACCUUCUUAGUCCUGUAGCGGGAGGGUGCUCUCCCCUUAUGUCUCAGCUGCCUCUCAGGUACUGCACUGCUCCUCUUCACCCCCAGGUUCUUUAUAAGGCCCCAUGGGAGAGUGCUUGCUCCGGGCCCACUAAGUCCCUGAUGCUUCCUACAGCUCCACCUUGUAAAGAUUUUGCCUUUAGUCAUCUUAAAAAAACACAAAUAUAAAAGAGACCUAGGGUUCCCUGCCUGUGAAUGCAAGGGCAAGUAACUGGUUAGAGAGCAGUAUUUGUCUGAUUUACAAGCAGGAUGACUUAGAUGGCCUAUCCGAGGUCUCUUCUGGCCCUUUUAUAUAUGGCCACCCUGUGGAGCUUAUGGUUACUUGCUGGCAGCAUCUCUGUUGCUAGAUGGUUACAGUCUAUACUCUGGGCUCUGUGUUUUCCCUUUAUCUGGCCUGUCUUCUUAUUGGUCAGCUAGCUUCUCUGCGGUCUCUUGCUUUGUGAUAAAGAUUUUGUACUUGGUCUUACAGACCAAUUGAAUGAUAACUCUUAUUAAAUACAGAAAGUCUCCCUAAAUACUACUGAAAUAAAAAGUAGCAAAAGAGAAGCUUGAAUUUCUUGAGGCUACCCUUGAGAUUCUAGUUUGGCUUUCACAGUUCAAGAAUAAGACUUCUUCCCUGAACUCUUUACGGUCCAAAUGCCAGAGUGAUAAACCAAAAUGAUUCUAAUCAGUAUGUGUUAGUUGAGAAUCAGCAUAACUUUCUUGCAUCUGGCCAAUCCCAUCCCUAAAGGAGGGUGGGACUGUAUCUUUUCAUGUGGGAGGAUCAGUGUCACUAUGCAGGACACACACGCUUGGUACAGGUCAUCUCAGAUUUAUCUUAGUAAAUGUAACAAAUUACUUUUUAGAUCCUGAAAUUUGUAAUAAAAUUACUUUACUAUCCUGAUCACCAAAACUUAACGUUUUAAAUGUGCUUUCUUUUUUAAAUUUAUAUUCUAAAAUGAAAUCUUCUCCUUAAAGCAAUAUUAUGUCAAAGUUGGUUGAGGAAAGGUCUGAAGUAUGUUUGUCUGUUUAUUAUGCAGUGUCUUUUUUUUUUUUUUUUUUUUUAGAUUUUACUGGUUUAUUUGACACACAGAAAGAGAGAUCACAAGUAGGCAAAGAGGCAGGCAGAGAGAGGGGGGCGGAAGUAGGCUCCCUGCUGAGCAGAGAGCCUGUUGUAGAACUCUAUCCCAGGACCCUGGGAUCAUGUCCCCAGCCGAAGGCAGAGGCUUUAACCCACUGAGCCACCCAGGCACCCCUGCAGUAUGUCUUUAUGUUCUGAGUUUUCAUGUCUUAGAGAGUGAUAUUCUUAAGGGUUUUGGUGCACUUUGAUUAGAGUAGCUAGAGUGGGGAGGAAUGCAAUUAAUUUAGGAAAAGAUGGUUUUCCUUGGACUCUGACAGUUGGCUCUGACAUUGGGUUACUCUGUAUUCUAAUUGCUACUUUUGUGUUUGCAUAGGGUAAGAGCAAACUGGUGAGUUACCUUGAUUUUUUUUUUUUUUUCUCUUUCAUAAUAAAAUGUUUUCCUUCCAGUGUU